UUGCUUUGCUCUGCUCCUGUCAGGUUUGCUCUGGGGCUUUGUGUUUAGUUUUUGCGUAGAGAUAAGCUGUAUUCGUCUCUGGACAGCAUCUCGGCUGGGGAGUGCCCUGUGCACUGGCAGAAAGGGUCUGGGAGUGCCGCGGGCUCUUCUCCCGAGGCUGCCAGAGGAAAGGGAGCAGCAGCUCUCGCAAUCAGAGCGCCGCGGUGUCAGGGUGUGCGGCGGCCGCUGGCAGAGCCCGGUGGCGAGCGGCUGGCGCUGCCCGCCCGGCUGGCGCUGCCCGGGCGCUGCUGUCACCCGUCCGUGCCCCGCCUGGCGCGGCCCCUGCCGCUGUCCCGGCACGCCGGGGGCUGCCGGGGGAGCCGCUCUCCACACCAGGUGCGGGUGCUCGAACGCGCCUUCGACAUCGUGCCACUGCUCCAUGUAGCUUUGGCAUAAAGAGAAAGGAUGCAGCUGCUGCGUUCACGGCAGCGUGUGCUGCAGCGCGGAGCGGGAGCGGGCUGCAGCCGCGGUCUCACGGAACCGUCCGAACGCGGUGCAGCUGGGCUGAGGUGGCCCCGAGUCAGGCCCGGCGUCUCAGACCGGCGGUGGCGGAAGAUGCGGGGAAAAGCUACGGAAACAGUGGAGGAUGCGGAGGAAAUGCUUACUGAGGAGAGCUUCGAGGCCGCGGCCCUGGCUCAGAGGGGAGCGCGGGCAAGAGGCUGGCACAGCAGCGGAGCGGGGGUCAGCUUCUGUUCCUGUGUGUGUGGAGCCAGAGCACGGCUGGGCCCAGAAGGCCCCUCCAGAGAUGCCCCCACCCAGCCCAGCUGUGGCACCGCAGCUGCCCGUGUCCCCCCACUGCAGGGCGCCGCGCUGCCCCAAAGCACGGAUUUACUGAACGCCAGAGAACCAGCUUGGGCAAACCACCCUGCCCGCUCCCACAGCCCGGGACUGCUGCACCAGGCAGGGCUGGCCAGACCCCCGGGGCCCCCCGCAUUCCCGGGGAGCAGAGAGGCAGAGGGGAGGAAGGCUCCUGCUGAACCCUGUGGGGGAUGGCCGGUCCCCAGAGGGAAGGGGAGCGGCAGCUGGGUGUGCCCAGAGCCCUGGCAGCCCAGCUCCGGCCCCGUGUCCCAGCCGGGCACGGGGUGCCCCAUGGCACGGGGGCUCCUCUCAGGGAAAAGCCAAUUAAUCCCUGCCUGUGUGAAUGGCCGAGGCUCAACAGCCAGCAGAGCCCUGCUUUGCCCACAUCAGAGUGAACACAGCUUGCAUUUGAAAAGAACUUUAUUUAAAAUCAGCGAUGAUACAGACUUCCCCCGCCACAGCACAGAGUGUCCCAGCACAAGGUCCCCAUGCCCUGGGCAGCCCCGGCUCACACCAGGCCCAGGGAUUCCAUAUGGAAAUACAACAUGUACAGAAGAUCUGCUCCUUCACAGCUAACAGGCAAUUCAUUAACCUCAGCCCAUUUAAUUUUAUU